AGAGAUGUCCGACAGGCAGAGUCAAAUCCUCGUCACGAGGAACAUGCGCCACUGUUUAGGCUUUUAAACUCCCACAUAAGCCAAAUUCACCUUUAGGUUCGGUCGACGUGUAGUUUGUGUGCCAUCACAAGUCUCCGCCCUGCCUGCAAGCGGGAGAGGGUUUGUGCAACGCAUACGUGAGAUAUGUUGCACGGUGUUCCAAGUAAGCUAGGAUCCUAUGGCGGGGAACUAGAAAAGCCACGUGCGCGCUGGAUGAAGGAUGCAUGAAAAUCAGCGAGAAGACGACGCGGAGGUGAUGACGGUGCAGCCCGGGACAGGCUCCAUCAUGCCCGGAUGCAGCAGCAGGGACCUCCUCCCGCCUCACUCGGUGGCAGUGACGCUGAGGAAGAACGCAGUGACAGAUGACUAUGACGUCACCUCGGAGGUGCUUGGCUUGGGAACCAACGGCAAAGUGCUGGAAUGUUUCUGCAAGGCGACUGGAGAGAAGUGCGCCCUAAAGAUACUGAACGACACCCCUAAAGCUCGGAGGGAGGUGGAGCUGCACUGGAGAGCUUCUGGGGGUCCGCAUGUGGUCCGCAUCCUCAACCUGUACGAGAACAUGCGCCAAGGGAAGAAAUGUCUGCUCAUCGUCAUGGAGUGCAUGGAGGGAGGCGAGCUGUUCUCUUGUAUUCAGGCCAGAGGGGACCAGGCCUUCACAGAGAGAGAGGCGUCCGAGAUCAUGCGUGACAUCGGCUCAGCCAUCCAGUACCUUCACCAGAUGGACAUCGCCCACAGGGAUGUAAAGCCUGAAAACCUGCUCUACAGCACCAAGGACAGCAACGCUGCUCUCAAACUGACAGACUUUGGCUUUGCAAAGGAGACCACGCCGCACAACGCCCUCCAAACGCCCUGUUACACUCCAUACUAUGUUGCUCCUGAAGUGCUGGGCUCGGAGAAAUACGACAAGUCAUGUGACAUGUGGUCUCUAGGCGUCAUCAUGUACAUCUUGCUGUGUGGAUUCCCGCCUUUCUCCUCCAGCUCGGGCCAGGCCAUCUCGCCCGGGAUGAAGCAGCGCAUCCGACUGGGACAGUACCAGUUCCCGAAACCUGAGUGGUCGGACGUUUCCGAGGAAGCCAAGCAGCUGAUAGUGCAGCUGCUGAAGACGGAGCCGAGUGAAAGGAUGAGCAUCGGUCACUUCAUGAACCACCCGUGGAUCAGCCAGUCCACGGCCGUCCCCCCCACGCCCCUCCACACCUCGCGCGUUCUAACCGAGGACAAAGAGCUGUGGGACGACGUCAAGGGGGAAAUGACCAACGUCUUGGCCACCAUGCGUGUUGACCACAAGCAGAAGAAGAUGAUGAUUAAAGAUCUGGACACCUCCGACAACCCUCUGCUCAACAAGAGGCGCAAGAGGACAUGAGUAGACGCCAAAAGUAGGAAUAGUACAAUCGGAAUAGUAGAUCCACUUCGCUCAAGGCAUACAGUAGACUAAGUAGAAAAUCUAUGAAAAAACACCUUUGGGUAUUUAUUAUUACUGUAGUAGUCGUAUUUACUAUUCAUGUAUUCACAUUUCUUCUAUUCACACACAAACAGUAUGUCAUGAAAAUACACAUUAAACUUGUUAAAUGGACACUAUUUGCCAUGUGCUUUAUUAGGGUGCAACAAAAAUCAUCAAGGUAUCGGUAUCUCAAAAGAUACCAAAAAGUAAUAGGUAUCAUAUCCUAUCAAACAAUCUGGUAUCAACCUUUUUUCUUGUACAUUUACAACCUUUGUCCUUGUAAAUUUACGACUUUUUUCUCGUAAAUUGACAACUUUAUUCUCAGAAAUUUCCAACUUUAUUCUUGUAAAUUUACCACAUUUUUUCUUUUUCAGGCUUCCUUUUUCUUUAUUCUCAUAAAUGUACAACUUUAUUCUU